AUGGAGGUUGAUGGUGGCAAGCAUGAGGACAAGCAAGAGGACAAGCAUGCCAAGAUUGAGAUUGUUGAUGAUGACAGGGAGGUUGAUGUUAUCAAGCCAGAUAGUGAACUUACCGAUGAUUUGCCAGACGACACAGAGAACAUUGAGCUGGUACAUUUGAGGAUUGGAUCCCUUGAAGAGCUGAACCUUACCAGAUUCCAUCAGUUAAAGUACUUAUGUGUUAGACAGAACUUCAUUGAGAGUAUCAGUGAGGUCGAUGUAUUGCCUGAUGAUACCGUAGAAGAUUUGGAUUUCUACGAUAACAAGAUCAAGCAUAUUUCCAAAUACAUCAAUAAAUUCAAGAACUUGAAGAAUCUGGACCUGUCAUUCAACAAGAUUAAGAACAUAAAGAACAUUGACAAGUUGGAAAACCUAGAGAAUCUAUAUUUUGUUCAGAAUAAGAUAGAAGUUAUUGAGAACUUGUCCACUUUGAAGAAACUGAAAAACCUUGAAUUGGGUGGUAACAGGAUACAUGAGAUUGGUGAGGACUCCUUGAAGGGUUUGGACAAGUUGGAAGAAAUAUGGCUUGGUAAAAACCAUAUACCAAGACUGAUAAAUCUACACUGGCUCAAAAACUUAAAGAUUCUGUCUAUACAAUCCAAUAGAAUUAAGAAAAUAGAGAAUUUAGAACAGCUAGAAAAUUUAGAGGAACUAUAUCUCUCACAUAACUUCAUCGAGAAGAUUGAGGGUCUAGACAAAAACUUGAAGUUGACAACACUUGAUAUUACUUCAAACAAGAUUACAAAGAUUGAAAACGUCAAACAUUUGACAAAAUUGACUGACUUAUGGUUGUCUUUCAAUAAGAUUGAUCAGUCAUUUGAGUCUAUCGGUGAUGAACUACGUGAUCUGCCAGAGUUCGAUACAAUUUAUCUUGAAGGUAAUCCAGUUCAAUUGAAUAAUAAGACCUCCUAUAGAAGGAAGCUGAUGUUGAACCUUGGCCCUUCAUUGCAAAAAAUCGAUGCUACUUACACUAGACAAUGA